AUGCUACCGUAUGCCUACACUACAAACGACGUUGCACAGCUCUUUGCUCCCUUUGGAAAACUAGCACGCGUAUUGGUACUACGUGAUAAGCAGACACGUCGUAGUCGUGGUGUGGCUUUUGUACAGUUUGUUCGAGCUGAAGAUUGUGCUCAAGCUGUCGCAAAGAUGGACAAAAUGCCACUGGAAGGAAUGAUCUUGGCUGUUUCUUUGUCUCGUGACAAUGGCCGCUCGCAAGAGUUUGUGAAAAAACGCAAAUAUACGACAUCCCAGCGCUGUUUUGAAUGUGGCGAGAUGGGUCACGUGUCCUACGAAUGUCCACGGAAUGUACUGGGCACACGGGAGCGACCGGUAUCGACGGGAGGUAAAAGUAGCAGGAAGAAACUCAAGAAGAAAAAGAAGAUUGAUUUGCAUGAACGUGCACAUUAUUUUAACGACCAAGGGGUCGUCAACAUUCUAGCACCACCUACGAAUUCCGACGACGAAGAUCUUUCCAUUUCCCUGCUUGCGUACCCGUCCGCAGCAUCGUCAUCUUCAUCAGCAUUGCUAUUGGCGACUGCAACUCCACCGUCUGCUGCUGUGUCAGCGCGUCGUCGACCUCAACGGAAAACUGCCAGUUACUUCAGUGACGAAGACGCUAGCGACGAGGAGUGA